UUCUGAUUGGUUACGACGAACAUCAAUCAGCGGCUUAUUCCCUUCCUUGGUAACGGCCUCGGACCCGGAAGUAAACACGUUAGCCGCGAAAUGCCAACAGACUGACGGCAGAGAGAACAUCUGUCCAGCUGCUGCGAUGAAGAGGAGCGCAGAGGUGAAGCAGGUGAAGCACGUGAUCGCGGCUCUGUGCAGGCUGCUGGCGGCCGCGGGGCUGGACCCCGUGCCCCCCCCGGACUCCUUCCGACGGGCCAAGUUUGGAGACGCGGUCCAGGAGGAUCCGUUCUGGCAGCUGCUCGCCGACAUCCUUCAGACCGCCGGCGUCAUUUCCUGUGACAGCUCGGAGCCGACAGCAGAGCGCAGGAAGCUCGUGGCCGCCGGCUUGUGGCAGAGCGGCUUUCACGCUGACUGGAUGUACGAGGGAGAAGAAGGAGGCGCAGUCUUUAGCCAGGAACUCCUCCUGGCGCUCGGCUGGCUGCUCGCCACAGGAGCGCUGGAGAGCGUGGUGAUGAAGAGAGUGCAAAAGCUGGACAGGAUGCUGCUCAUGUGCACACCUGUGCUGCCACACCUUCCUGCUGACCUCCAUGUAGACUCCGCCUCCCUUAGGAGACUCCAGUGGCUCAUUGGUUGCUUGAGACAUCAGAGACGGAUGCUGCUGUCCAUGCUGCGAGAGCAAACCCGAGCUCUGCACGCUGUUCUUUCUGCGAGCGUCGCCGUGUCGCCGUCCUCUGACCGCAGCUCUGCAGCACUCGAGGAGGAGUGCGUUUGUGUGCAGCAGCUGUGCAGCCUCCUGGAGGCGUACCUGAAGUGGAAGCAGGUGGAGGACGUCUUCUGGACUUGGAUGGACAGCGUUGUGGACCUGAAAGAUCCCAUCAACAGGAGGCCCAGACAUCCAACCAAUGAGAACCCCGGAGUGUGUUGUCAUGGAAACAGCAGGCUGGAGAAGCUGGAGGCGGUGCUGCUGAGACUGCCUGCAGCUCAGAGAGGACAGAGGAGACGAGGAGGAGAUGGUAAGGACAGAGAAGGAGGAGAGAGGACUCAGGCAGGGUUUGGUGUCUCCUCGUCCCUCCCUCCUGUUCUCUCCUCCUUCCCUUCCUUGCCCUCCCUCUCACAAGUCUGCCGAGCGAGGCCUCGGCUGGAGGAGCCAAGGAGGCGCCCGGCCGGAGGCCCCGGUGGGCGGGCGGAGCCUCCAAACGAGCUCCAGGCGUCCGAGGCCGUGGCUCUGCUUCUUCAUGCAGAGGCCGUGCUGAUGAAGAGGAGGGACGAGCAGAGGCUGACCAACAGGACGAAGCUGCAGGAGUCGAUCGGCAGGCUGGACGAGCUGGUGCUGAUUCCUCCGUGAGCGUCCAGUUUAAAGCGGUGAAGCUUUGAGGACGCUAUCGUCUCUGCAGAGACUGAAACAGCUGCUGCACACACGAGUCGCCCACAGGCCGUUCACUCAGAGUGUUUAAUAACUGAUAAACACACACCGUCAUAACUGGAUCUGUUGGUCCGAUACAUGAAAUGUUGUGAAGUCAAACUACAGGCGUCAGAAACAUCAUUUUCAUAUUUAUUCAUUCAUCAAAUUAAACACAAAGUUAUUUUCAGCAGAGCCAAAAGAGUCACUUUAAAUUUAAACAUUUAAAAAAUUAACCAGAUUCCAGCUUCUGAUGUUUUCUGUCGUCGGGUAAAUUUCUGGGAGUUUGGAGGCUACCGGGCCGUGAAGAC